CCUCUUAACAAACAUCCCAUCUCUGCAAUAAUCUCAAGCUCCCAUAAUCUCCCGCCACACUAUUUAUCCAUCGGUGGAAAGAAUGGUUACCUCGUCCACUGAGCCCAUGAAACAGCAGUCGUCUAAGACCAGUGCUCAAACACCUCGCAACACAAGUCCCACAACUGGAGGCUUCUUCGUUGAAUACGUCGCCAAUCCCAAGAAAACGCCUCUCUUCAUCCUGAUUUUCACUUUCGCCUACUGGUGUCUCUGUCGGGGGUCUGGAUGCUCUGACAAGGACUGCUCUUGGCAGGCUUAUCUAGGGUCGACAGUCGGUCUUCUUCUUUUUAAUGGCGCUUUUUUUUUACGCUGAUUGGAGACGGCGAGGACGGAUAGGUCUCAGUUGAGGAUUUUGUCACAUUUGAAUCAUGAUAGAUUUGUUCAUCAGCUCAGUAGCUCUAGCUUCUUCGGCCCUCAAUAUUCUCCCUCGAUCCCGAGCGGACUGACUUCCAUUGAGCAUCUACGACAUGUUACCUUGAUGUCGCCUUGAUGUCGUCAGCAGAUCGUUACGCUACAUAUCCAGGCAGCCGCCAUCGGCAAGCCCGAAAGACUGAUAUAUCCAAAGGAGGAAGGCAAAAGUGUAGAGUUUAGAACUGUUCGACUAGAUGGGCCGGAACGGGCCGAGAAGCACCUGGAUCGCGCUGACCACUAGAGCGGAGGAUUGCCGCUAGAGCGGGACGGACAGUAACAAGAUUGACGAGCUUAUUGGCUUCGCGGAGACAGAACACACCGCGGACUUUUAUUACCGCAUUAUUCCGGAGACUAAGGGGUUUGGAACCAACUACGAGAGCGUUGAUGUCUGUGGAGGGAUGGCUCAAUAUCUGUGAAGAUAAAUAGUGCAGCUUGUACACGCCUUGGUAGCGGAGGCAUCUAG